CGCAUGACUAUCAAACUUGUGGUUGAUAAACAAAAAUUGUUGCUAAUCUGGGAAAAAACCGAAAGCAAAUAAAACACAAACGCAAAACAAUGUUAUCGACCAUUGUUUUAUAAUGACCGAGCCGCCUGCGAUUGUCUAUUAGACGAGGUUAGAAAUUUAGCAUGGCCAGUAGCGAAGAAUCAGAUGGCGAAAAUAACCACGAGUUGGCUGGAAUACUGAGUAAAUGGACGAAUUACAUACACGGAUGGCAGGAUCGGUAUAUUGUGAUUAAAAACGGCACGUUGACAUAUUACAAGAGUGAACAGGAAAGCGGAUACGGCUGCAGAGGAGCCCUGUCACUUGCCAAAGCCACUAUCAAACCCCAUGAAUUCGAUGAAUGCAGAUUUGAUAUAUCGGUUAAUGAUUGUGUUUGGUAUUUAAGAGCAGAUUCAAUCGAAAGUAAACAAAGCUGGGUGGAAGUGUUGGAAUCAUAUAAGAUUGAAUCUGGUUACGGCACAGGUUCAGAGAACAGUCUGAAAAGACAUGGCUCGACAGUCAGCUUGCAAUCAAAUACUUUUAGCACAGCCUCUGGAAGCAGUUUUAAAAGAUCAUCGAGAACAUUACGCGAAAAACUUGCGGAGUUGGAAACUUACAAGGACAUCUUGUCAAGGCAAAUUGACACUCUGCAAAAGUACUUUGACUAUUGCGUCGAAAACAAUGCACAAAACAACCCACCAAACAAAGAACUACUUCCCGUUGUUGAUUUCAAAGGUGAGGCUAUAACAUUUAAGACAACCACAUCUGCUGUUUUAUCCACUUUGGAGCAUUGCGCCGAACUUGUUAACCAAAGAGAAGAAUCCUGGAGAAAGCGUCUGGAUAAAGAGGUUGAGAGACGUAGGAGGUCAGAGACACUGUCAAAGUCAUAUUUUACACAGAUACAAAAAGUCAGGAGCGUACAUCCAGGUCCUGAUUUAGAGGAAGGACCACACAGCGUCCUUGCGGACGAUGAGUUUUACGAUGCGGUAGAGUCCGGUCUGGAUAAGAUGGAGGAGGAGCAAGAACUGAGGGAAAGACUAAAAAGCGGACCAGUUAUACCGAUCACCCCUCCUCCAAUAGCGCCCGGAUCGCAACACAGAUUAUGGCCAGAGAUCGAAAAGACUGUGAAACAACAAGUGGAGAUGGCGAAGUUGGGGGUGGGCGAGUGCGGCACUGGGUGGCAGUUGUUCGCCGAAGACGGCGAGAUGCGCAUGUACCGUCGCGAAGAGGAAGUCGAUGGCAUGGUGGUGGAUCCCCUGAAAGCCGUCCAUGUAGUUAAGGGAAUCACCGGCCACGAGGUGUGCCAUUAUUUCUUCAACCCGCAGUACAGAUACGACUGGGAAACGACACUUGAACAGAUGACAGUUUUGGAAACGAUAUCAGAGGAUUCCUUGCUGUUUCUGCAGACCCAUAAAAGGAUAUGGCCGGCAAGCCAGAGGGACGUCGUGUUUUGGUCGCACAUGAGGAAACUACCUGAUGACCAAGACCAAGACGGGCCGGAUAUUUGGACGGUGGUCAACAAUUCGACUGAGGAUAGCGAACAUCCGGCAAACGCAGGUAAAUGCGUGCGAAUAUAUUUGACAGUAUGCUUGAUGUGUCAGACUCGCGUAGACCCACCCAAAGAUGGCGCACCAAUUUCUAGAGAUAACGUCUCCUGUAAAAUUACGUAUUGUUCAGUUGUAAAUCCAGGGGGCUGGGCACCCGCUUCAGUAUUGCGCGCUGUAUAUAAAAGAGAGUAUCCUAAAUUUUUAAAGAGAUUUACUGCUUAUGUGAAAAACCAAACAAAGAAUAAGCCUUUAAUGUUUUAGUGUUAAGGUCAGGGUUUUAAGUCUUUACACAAUUUAAUUUAUAUUCAACAUUAUUAAACGUUAUUUUAUGUUAACAA